UCUUCAUUGGUCACCAUUAUUUGAUACCCCCUCCUCUCUCUCAAGUUUUUUACUCUUCUGAAAAUUUUCUCUCCUUCCUUCAUCCCCAAAAGAUUCUUCUCCUCUCCUCUCUUUCUCGAGAAAAUUACUAUGAUGUCUAGUAGUAUUAACAAAGGAAAAGAAACAGCACAAGGUUCAUCAAGAUCAAGUACUAUUCCUAGUAGUGCUAAUAUGGAUCAUAGUAACCAAAACCCACCUGCUUUAAGCCGGUAUGAGUCACAAAAGAGGAGAGAUUGGAACACUUUUGGUCAAUACUUGAGGAAUCAUCGGCCUCCGGUGGCUCUAUCGCAGUGUAGCUCCAACAACGUGCUCGAAUUUCUCCGGUACCUCGAUCAAUUUGGCAAGACUAAGGUGCACUUACAAAGGUGUAUAUUUUUUGGUCAGCCUGAUCCACAAGGACCUUGCACUUGCCCUCUUAAGCAAGCUUGGGGUAGCCUUGAUGCCCUAAUCGGUCGGCUUAGGGCAGCUUACGAAGAAAACGGGGGAUCACCGGAGACUAAUCCGUUCGCUAGUGGCGCUAUUAAGGUGUAUUUGAAAGAGGUUAGGGAUUCUCAAGCUAAGGCUAGAGGGAUUCCUUAUAAGAAGAAGAAGAAGAAAAGGAAUCCUAUCAAGGGUAGUGAAGAAGGGAGCUCAAACUUUGCCAUGCAGUAAUGGCCUCUUAAAACCUUCAAGAUGUCAGAGUGUAUGUUUGACAGAUCGAUCGAUCUUGCUAGAAAUCGAUGAUCGAUCUUUCAGGCUUUAUAGAUCUAGCACGACUAUAUUAAUUUGCUAUUUAUGAGAAAAAUACAUUUCAAAAGUUUGUCAAGAUAAAACGCAGCUGGGCUUUGAAGAUGGUGAGUUCCUUUUUCAUCUAUAAUGCUUUCUUGGUAAUUUAGAUAAUUAAAUUAGUUAGCAUAUAUUGUAUUUUGAAAUAUAUAUAUGAUUCAUAAUCAUAUAUAUAUACAUAUAUAUAAUCACUCUAUUUCAUGA